AGAUUGGCUCGUCGCAAACGAUCGUACACUAUGAUGACGCACGAACGAGUGAACGAGCGAGCAAAGGUUUCACCGCGACGCGUAAACGCGACCGCCUUAGUCGCGUCGUUGCACGCAUCAACGCUCGGUUACGAUUUUCCUUAUGUCCGUUCAUUUCUUUGCGUGCUUUCGCAAAGCACCACGAGGUACCUGCGGCCUUGACUUGCCGUAUUUUCCAUACAAUCGAACGAAUCCUAUAAUUAUUAUUCGUUGGAUAGGCCAAAUGCGAAAGUUUACCGAACGUUUAAGUGUGCUUCGAUAAUAGUAGGAUCAUUUUUCUUAUCGCGUCUGCAAUGGAUAACUCUGACUAGAAUCUACAAAAGUAGUAUCAUGUCCAAUGAAAAUCCAAAGAUGAUCGUAUAUGUAUCAACGACUUAUCGCCGAUUAUACGAUGCUAUUCGUUCUUGUCAACGUCGAGAAACGUGAUAUGAGGAAGAUAAAGAAACUCAACGAAAUAACUAAAAACAAAGGUAAUCGACGCCGACAUACAUGCGCGUUCGUGAGUGUCGUGAGUAUGAUCGAGAUCGAUGAGACGAGGACAUGAGUUUAACAAGAAGCUCCAAAAGAGAUUCCCUUCGUGGAUGCGAAAAGGUGUCGGACAAAAUUCUUUAUCCCACGGUAAAUAGUUUAGCCUUGAAGAGAGCGAGAUUACCGUUGCAACUUCACGAUGGUGGUACGGAUAUCGAGACGCAGGAGGAGAUGAAAAAGGAUUCGGGGCUAGUCCAUCGGGAAAGCAAACGAACGGGUUUAAUGGCUAAAGCCAGGAGCAGCCCACCUCGAAAAUACCGCGCGAAAAUCGAAAUGAUGGUCGAAACGAGACGAAACGAGACACUUGAGAGUGCCGCCGAAUCGGUCGAGAUCGCCACCAGCACCCUAACCGAUAGCGAAAAAGACGAGGAGCGUGUACGUUUGAAAGAAGAGAUCAAAAAGGGGAGAAUGGCCGGUUCGGAGGAAAAAAAGAACGAAUCGAGUGGCCUCAGGGAGAGACGUUGCUCGUAUUCUUCGGAGGAUUACGAAAAAGUCGACGUUAAAAGUCAAUGUUACCCGGAAGCCUUCGUAGAACGUGACUUCGAUGUCAACGAGAGCUUUCACCGCAAAAAGAUCACGGGAAUAUCUAAAUCGACGUAUGACAUAGAGUCGAUAUCGUUUUCCAGCGACGAGGAGAAAAAUAGUCUACGGAACAAUAAGAAAAAGAAGAAGAAAAAAAAGAAGAGACAGUUUGCUAGAAACGUAUUGCACUAUGUACCAGGAUAUCCGGGCAAACGUCACAAGCAACCAACGAAGAAGAAGAAAAAGCAUCAUCGUUUCGCCACGUCGUUCGACUCACGAGCAAGAUCCUUGGACGAAAAGGACGAAACGAGUAUCGAAGAGAAUCAGGACUUUUCGCGACCGAGGAGUCUCUCGAGAUUCGAAUUGAAGUACGUCAUGAUUUCGGCGCCAUCGAACUUCGUUCACGUUGCUUCGGCUACCAAUUCGCGCUUGAUGUCGAAUGAAAAGACCGCCGGCUCGAAAUUAGAGCGAUCGAUUAUCACCCACGAGGAAAAAUCCGCUAACUUGCCUCUCCUCCUACGAGGGAAAGAAGUUGGCAAAAGUACAAGUCGGCUUGUCGGCGAAGAAACGUCUAUGGGAACCGACGUACGACAUGUCAACGCGGCCUACGUAGAGAUAAAAAGGACGUCCCUAGGCAAUGCGGAGGAACGUACGGCCGAACUCGUGGAUCCUUGCCAAUCGGUGAAAAUCGAAAGGGACGAUCGCGAGACGAGAAUUUCUUACGAGCCUAUAUUACGCACCAACGUCAGUUUUCUUUGGAGCGAUCGAACGAGGAAUUUCUUGGACAACAAGAACGAGCAAGCUCGACUUUCUUCUUCGCUCGUAGAAAAGGACGAAGAGACGUUUGAAGAGAGGUCCGAGGAACCGUACGACGACGUGGGACCACCGCUGUCCAAGUCCUUCCCUCAGGAAGACGAUUACGACGAUGUGGGACCAUCUUCGACAUGCACCGAAGAAAAUACGCUUGGCGAUGGAAGAUACGCGAAGGAUGACACGUACGACGACGUUUCGGUGCCAAUUUUCAAUAAUAUCGAAGAAAAAGUCGAAACGUUGUUGGAAGAUAACGAGAAAGAAGGAAGCUCGAUUAACAAUGAUUAUUCCAGUCUCGAGGGUGCCGAGGACGAGAAGUAUAUUUACGAUGACGUUGGUCUUCCCGUUGGCGAGGAACGCGUCAACAGCCUCUAUGGGGAUUCCAUGAUGGCCGCCUCUUUUAUGGGAACGAUCCUGACGAACGGCAAAGAAUCCGAGUGGGAGGACGUGGACGAUUUUGCGAACGCGUUACCUUGCCUCUGUCGACACGACUGCACAUGUGAAAAGAAUGGCGAACGGUGCAAUACGUGGGCUAAAAAGAAGGCUGGACAACGGUCCGGUAAAAAGUGGAAGAGACGACGUUCGAGGAGAUCUAGGAAAAGCUCGGCAUGCUCCGCGCGAACACGCCACGACUCUGUCGUUGACGUGGCCAUCACCGGUUCCGCUCUGUUACUGGUCAAUCAUUUGGAAAAAAAGGAAGGGGGAUGGAGAUCACCGGAAAAUUCGGAAUUGGAUGGAGAGUCCGUUGGUUCGAAGACCCAAGGCCUCGUCCAAAUGAGACUCGUGGAUCUUGACGAAGACACGGAUAUGCAGGAGGCAUCGUGUUACGUUCACGAAGAAAGCGCCUCGGAAGAUAGCACGUACGAGAGUCUUCGUUUUUGCCAACCGGACGACUUCGGUACGGAUUCGGAAAGCGAAACGACGGGGCUCGUAAACGGGCCCGAUCUUCGUGCCAAGGAUCGAGGUGAAAAUACUACUAAUGGGAAUAUUUACCUGGAGGCUCCCGCGAAACCGAUACCACCGCCUCCGAGAGAAUCUAGUCUGACGGAAACUUUGGGUAGAAGAAUAAAGAUGUUACGAAGAACCUGGAGCAUCACCAAGGGCAGUCUUGGUCGAAUUCGAAGAAGAACGUUCGUCGAGGAAGAGCAAGCUUCCGAAGAAAGCAAGGACCUUGCCAACGUACACCAUCAACUGCCGGACAAUGGAAAAUAUUUUAGCUUUAGAAAACAUUUCCGAAAAAACCUUACCAGUUUUUCGACCUUUUAUCUAAACGAUAGCAACGGCAUUUGCACCUCGAGGAAUAAUAAUAAUAAUGGUACCACCAAAGAGACCAUUUAUGGAAAUACCAAUUGGUACGCGUGGUCUGGUACGACGAAAAUUAAUAACGACUGCGAAUCUUCGUCUCGAGACGUCGAUCACUACAGCGUUUUGGCGGACCAAGAACCUUUGUAUCAAUUUUAUGAGGCAGCCGUUGCACGCGUGGCCUUCGAAUCGGAUUCCGAUGGAUACGAGGAAGUAGAAGAUUUAAAUCCUCCUCCGCUUGCUACGGAUUUUGUAAAACCAGGACAACGAACCUUGUGGUGUCAAACGCCGCAAGUUGUACGUAGCGGACUCUUACAGAGAUUAACCCCGGAAGAAAAGAAAAUACAAGAAGCCAAGUUUGAGAUCCUUACGUCGGAAGCCUCCUACUUGAAUUCGCUUCGUGUUCUUGACAACGAAUUUCUUCGAAAUCACGAGUUAACGAAUGAAAUUUUGACGGCUUCUGAAAAAGAUAAACUAUUUGCCGGAGUACCUGCUGUGAUUAAAGCAUCGGAAAGAUUAUUGGCGGAUCUAGAAAUAAUAUGGAAGGAAGAUCCUACCUUACAAAAUUUGCCUGACAUUUUACUUGAACACUCGGGAAAAUAUUUAGAUAUAUUCGUCGGAUAUUGCUCUAAUCAAAUUAAAAUAGAUACGACGUUGAAAGAAUUGAGAGCGAGGAAAGGCUCCAAAUUCGUAGAGGCUGUCACGCAAAUAGAGUCCCGUCCUGAAUGUCAAAGUUUGCCAUUAAAUUCGUUCCUUAUGUUACCGAUGCAACGUAUUACAAGACUCCCAUUGUUGGCCGAUGCGGUACUUUCCAAAUUAUCUAUGGAAAGUACGGACAGAUCCUCGUGGGAAAAAGUUCUGUCGACUUUCAGUUAUGUCGCGUCGGAGUGUAACGAGGGUGCACGUGCUGCGGCUCAAGAAGCAGAAAUGGAAACGAUAACGAGAAAAUUGGAAUAUUCGCCAAAAAUUAAGUCGUUGGGAUUAAAAAAUCGACAUUUAAUUAAAAGAGGACCCGUUAUACAGUUAACUAUGAAGGCAGAUAUGGAAUAUAAGCUUACAUUUGGGAAGAAGUUCAACAAAACACCGCUGUACCUUUUCCUACUUACAGAUUAUCUUCUAGUCACAAAGAUUAAACACAAUACUCACGACGAAGCUUACAUCGUCACAGAUGUUUGCAAAAGAAAUCUUCUUGCCUUGGAAUCAGUUUCCGAAGACUCGCCCUUCGCUGGUCGCAAUGCGAUGAUGUUAACUCUGUUGGAAAAUUAUUGUGGUAAACAAGCCGAAUACGUUUUAACCUGUGAAAGCAAUACGGAAAGAGAAAGGUGGUUGGAAGCUAUUUCGCCACCUAAACGGGAAACAGUCGGGGAAACGCUUUACGAAGCCUGGGACUGUCCUCAAGUAAUGGCUCUGUAUUCUUAUUCGCCGAACCAAUCCGAUGAGCUUUCAUUGCAACCAGGAGACGUUAUAAACGUACUGAGAAAAAUGACGGACGGCUGGUAUCAUGGCGAAAAGCUAUUGAACGGAGAACAAGGUUGGUUUCCUGCUAAUUAUACGAAAGAAGUUGCCUCUGAACACGUCCGUGCGAGAAAUUUGAAGCAGAGGCAUCGUCUAUUGGCCCUUACGCGUAGCGUUUUACAAAAAAGAGCAAAACAAAACCUGGCCAUUUAUUGAGGAGAUCGUCUGCAGAAGUGUCGUAACAAAAAAGAAUCACAUUAUCCCAAGAGGUUAUGCAUCGAAGCACCGAAAGGAGACCGUGUACCUGGAAGCUGACGUAGAAAGUUGCGCCUGGAUUUACGAAUUGGAAAUAGCAAUCCUCCUUUCCGGCAUCGAUAUGCACCUUGUAGUCCAUUGCCACUGCGGGUAGAGUUUCGUACCACGGUCUAUCUGUUUCGCAUUUCGCUAAACCGAUUAUCGCUAUGAAAAUUAGAUUUCGAACGAGAAAAGAAGACAUCGCGCGCCUCGAUAUAUCCGACCAUUACACACCUACUCACCAUUCUACUACAUCACCCAUUCCGAGUCAACUGACAAGUGGAUUUCCCCUUCUCUUUCUUCUUUUCGCGCAGCAGAGAGAAAGAGAUUAUUGCGCAAGCGCGAUAUAAAUGUUUUUUCGUCAAUUU